CCAGCCACUAAUCUGUGUUUCAGAACAGGGGGUUGUAAAACAAGGAAUCUCCUGUGUAGACUGGAGUCUUUACCCAUUGUUCCACACCUUGGAUUAUUUUUGCUGUUGAUUGGGGACUUUUGGAUGGCACUAGUCUGGGUGAAAGGGUUUGCCAGCUUUGGGCAAGGUUUAGGCGGUGUGUAUCCGGGACAGGAGUGAAGACAGGGAGGAGAAGGAGGGAGGAUAGUCAUUUUUCUUCAUCCUUCUUUUCUGCAGACUGCAGGCAUUUCCCUGAGACAAUGGGGGCAGGAGCGCUCACCAUCUGUCACAACAAGGCUGCGGUACAGAUCAAGCAAGACAUGAAGAAGAUGGUCCAGUUGCCCAUGCUGAGGGGGACCUCCAGGGGACCUCGAGGAGUGGAGGCCAGGGGCGGUAGGCUGUUCGGCGUGUCCCUGCUGGAGCUCAGGGAGCUGGGCCUCGUGAAGGAUGGCGUGCCCCUAGUGGUGCGGAGCAUGGUAGAGUUCCUCCGAGAACAUGCUCUUCAUCAUGAGGGUCUGUUCAGGGUCAACGGUAAUGUACGGGCGGUGGAGGGGCUGAAACAGCGGCUGGAGAACGGUGAGGACGUGGACUUCCUGGUUGAGGCGGAUGUGUGUACAGUGGCCAGCUUGUUCAAACAGUACCUCAGGGACCUGCCAGAAGGCCUGGUGGACUCCACCGUACAGCCUGCCCUUAUAAAGCAGCACCAGGAGUCCAGUGAGGAGGGUUUCUGCUCAGACCUGAGGGUCUUACUCCACCAGUUGCCAGAUGUCCACUACAGCCUCCUACAGUACCUCUGUCUCUUCCUCACCCAGGUGGACCAGCGCCACAGGGAGAACCUCAUGACCGCUCUCAAUCUGGCAACUGUCUUCGGCCCCAAUGUCUUCCAUGUGUCCUCUGGGUUCGAUGGGAUCCAGGAGCAGAACAUCUGUAAUAAGAUCAUGGCAAAGCUGAUCCAGAACUACAGUAGCAUAUUCAACAACAACCACCAAGAUGAUGACCAUAAAGAAGAGCACUGUGUCUUCAAUAGAGAUGGAGACAGAGGAGAAUACAUACAGGAAUCUCUACCCUCUAACAUCAUCAUUGUUAAAGAGGCCAAGGAGACCCCGGUGAAUAGGACAGAUACUGAGUCACCGAAAACACUCGGAACCACACCAGUCACUACCACACACACUCAAAAGACACCUAUUCCAGUUCCCAGAAAGAAAAAGGCUGCAUCCAGCAGUCCACCAGAUGACACGAAGUCAUCAAAAGAACUAUCCAAUGACAAUCCAAUCAUAACUCCAAGGGAAAAGAAGGUGAGGAAAGUAAAGCGCGAGACAGCGACGGUGCUCCGAGCCAUGCCCCUUCCCAGUCUCUCUCCUGGCCUGCCCUAUGUGAGGCCCCUGGUCCUACCCGUUCCCCUGACUCCGGAGGUGAGGAGCCCCAGCCCUGAGAGAAUGGAGCUGGCCCCACAGGAACCUCAGGGACCAGCCACGGACGCCUGGGACGCGGUCAAGACCACGGAGGUCCUGAACAGCUCCCAAGAGGAAGACAGUAGACCCAUAUCUCCUUUCUACAUAAGCAACCACCUCUCAUCUGUCCGGUGUAGAUCUGACCUGACUAAUGUUCUGGAGAGGACCAUCAGGUCGGCAGUGGAGCAGCAUCUCUUCCAUGUGCACAUGUGCGGAGGAGGUCAAAGUACGACGGAGGAUUCCGAGUGGACCGGGUGCUCCUCGUCGCCCGUGGUAACCCCGACGGCACGGCAGAGGCGUCGGCACCAGAGGGAGCAGGAAGAGGCUCAGAGACACCGGGACAGGAGCAGAUCCUCGUCUCUGAGGGAAGGAGACAUCAACAAGGAGAACAUCCCAGCGGCCGGCAGCGUUAGCAGAACUAUCAGCUGUGGCGUCAGCGUGGGUGAGGAAGGAGUCAGGAGGGACUACCAGACUAGCCAGGGAGGGCUCCACCACGAGGGCCCCAGACCCAGGAAGCCUAAACACUGCCACCAGAGCCCCACGCUUGGCCAGCUUAGUGACAACCAGGACCCCCACGCGCUAAAAGAAUGCAUAUCAAGAGUACAUGACGAAGCCGGGACAAACAACAUGGAGUCAUCAGACAAGCGAAAUGACAGUCAAAGAAAGGACCCAAGUCUUCUGACUCCUUCAUGGACACGACUCAGUAGUAUGAAGAUCCAGGAGCUGCCUAGUAGCUGUGAAACGGCCGACAGGAGGGGGGUCAUCGGCCGGAGUUCGGACCAGGAAUGUGGCGAGGACGUACCCCGCUUGGACCUGUCGGCGCUGACUGACGAUAACAACUGGGGAGAUUCCCCAUUCUUUAGCGCCCCUUUCCUUGAUUUCAAAAGUGUUUUCCUGUCGAGUUAUUAUGAGGAGCCAGUCCCGGCCUACUCGUCGUGGCAACGGGAGAGCAUGGACAGCGAGGAGGCGUGCAUUUCGCCCCAAGUGGGGGGCCGCCUGAUUCGCCAGCUGAUUGAAGAGGACAGCGACCCCAUGCUGUCCCCCCGUUUCCAUGCCUAUGGUCAUUGUCAGCAGUACAUAGAUGACACCGAGGUGCCACCCUCGCCGCCCAAUACACACUCCUUUGCCAGUCGGAGGAGGAGUUCCUCUCUGGGCUCCUGCGGUGACGACGACCAGCAAGAGCUGACCUCAGCCCAGCUCUCCAAGAAGAUCCACGGUCUCAAGAGGAAGAUCCACAAGUACGAGGAGAAGUUUGAGGAGGAGCGCAAAUACAGGCCCUCACACAGUGACAAGGCUGACAACCCAGAGGUCCUGAAGUGGAUGAAUGAACUGGCCAAGCUCCGCAAAGACCUGAAAGAGCACAAGCUCCACAAGUCUGAGGAGGACCUCCCUCCGCUGACCCGCCAGCGCAGCAACACCCUGCCCAAGAGCUUUGGCUCCCAGCUGGAGAAGAAGCCCCAACAGGAGAAGGCGCCCAAGCCCCCGGUAGAGAACACCCUGGAGGGCGUUCAGAACAAGCUGCAGGAGAAGAGGGACGAGGUGGGGCGGCCCGAGGACGUCAAGGAUAUGACCCGGGAGCAGAUUGGCGCUGAGAAGGUGGCCUUACAGAAGGCUCUUCUGUACUACGAAGGCAUCCACGGUAGACCAGUUACCAAGACUGAGAGACAGAUCAUGAAGCCCCUGUACGACAGAUACCGCCUGGUCAAACAGAUCCUCUGCAGAGCUUCCACCAUCCCCGUCAUUGCCUCCCCCUCCAGCAAACGCAGAGGUCCUGUACUUCAGCCCAUUAUCGAGGGCGAAGCCGCGCUCUUCUUUGACGACAUCAAGGAAGAGGAGGAUGGCUCUGAGGAUGACUCUGAGUCCAACAACAAGCCCCAGAUCACAGGGACAGUGCGUCCAGACUUCAGUAUGCUGGGCUUCCUGGACCAGCUGGAGGAGGAGACGGACGGCUUCAUCUCGCCCGUCGACGAGCUCUCCUCCUCCAAGAACACCACCGACAUGCGUCUGUCCAACCUGCAUUCGGCCACCAUGCCGGAACUAGUGGAGCAGCUACAAGAGGCCCGGGAGGAGAAAAAGAGAAUCCGCAAGAACCUAAGAGAGUUUGAAGAUCAAUUCCUAAGGCAAAACGGCAGAAACGUGCAGAAGGAAGACCGCUCCCCUUUGGCGGUAGAGUAUAACGAAUACAAGCACAUCAAAGCCAAGCUUAGGCUGAUAGAGGUUCUCAUCAGCAAAGGAGAUGCCUCUAAGUUCACCUAAAGAAAAUAAAACAUCAAAGACUGACAGAGGAAUGAAUGAGGCUCAGUCUCAAUAAGAGAUGAACCACACCAGCCCAUGGAAAGGAAAACAGAUACACCUCAUCAUCCCUCACAAUAUGUUUAUUUUCUUCUUGUGCCAUAGACUCAUUUGGCUUCAGGAGAUGCCAACAUGUUGCCCCCUGAUUAAUCCCAACUGUAGAAGGGAAACGGUAUGGCUUAGUUACUGACCUGAGAGGUGUUGGAACUGACAUGUAGGUGCUGCCCCGGAGGCUACUCCAUCUUGUCUGUUGUUUCCCUCGUAUAGAAGAAGAACCCCGGAACUCAAAAUGUCGGGCAUCUUUGAAUGACUACUAACCUAACGUAGCAGGCCUUAAAAGACGCCUGAGUAGAGUCCCCACAUCGGUUUUUCAGGGGAAGUGGAGGAAAAUACUGUAUCCCUGAACCAGAAACAUCCUAAUUUUCCUGACCCCGCAGAGAGUGGACCAAAACCAACCUUUUUUCAAAGGAAGAAUUAAAAAAAAAAAAAAAUUGUGCAUCUUGAUUGAUACCAAGAACUACCCUACAUCAAAUUUUUUUUUUUUUUUUACCUUUAUUUUACUAGGCAAGUCAGUUAAGAACAAAUUCUUAUUUUCAAUGACGGCCUAGGAACAGUGGGUUAGCUGCCUGUUCAGGGGCAGAACGACAGAUUUGUACCUUGUCAGCUUGGGGAUUUGAACUUGCAACCUUUCGGUUACUAGUCCAAUGCUCUAACCACUAGGCUACCCUGCCGCCCCAAAUAGACAUCACUAAUUUAAAGGAUACAUUUACAAAGAGUGUGGUAUUGAUUUAAUUUAUUUUUCUUCCUUUGAAUGUUUAUAUAGACUCAUAUAGUUCAUAUAGACUUUUAUAUUGGAUUCAAAAAAAGUCUUAAUGUGGAGUGUAACAUUAGAUUUGGGAUUAUGUACUUUAAGGUAUUGCCAUUUUGAGAAACACGAUUUUGUAAUCAGAAAAAUUAAAUGAGGGGAUUGUGUAUUUUUGUAAGGGAGACAGACAGUUACAAUCUGCAUGCAAACAACCAAUCAGACAGCCAGUCUAGCAGAGUUCAGCCAAUGGAUGGAUUUUUAAAAUGUAACUCAUGAUUGGUGCCAUAUGCCACAUUCACGUGUAAGUCGGAACUAGGAAACUCUGACAUUUUCGACUUGCAAACUAGUUGAACGCUGCACAUGUAUAAAUACAACCAGUUAGCAAGUCGAACAUUUCCGACUUUCCUAGUUCCGACUAGCACGUGAACGUGGCAAUAAUCUCGAUGUUAACCUAGGAAAACCACAUUUAUCAUCAAUGCUUAUAUUUGUUUGUUUCCAGAAAUUCUGUGUAUUUUUAGCAUACUAUGAGGAAAUGUCAGAGGAGCGUUAAUUUGUUUAAACUGAUAACUAGAAUGCAAAACAAAUGGUCUAUGAUGUGUUAUUGUGAUCCAAAGAAAAUGACUCAGAUUGCAUACCAAAAUAGUGUAGUGGAUCAAUGUAUACAAUUUCAUUAAUUAUUGUGAUCAUGGUCAUCAGUCACUUAUGAAUUUGACUGCUUGUAUAUUAUUUUGCAUUGGUGUGUUUUCUUUUCCUAUUCACUUUGUGUGAAAAUAAGCUAUCCUGUCUUGAAAUCAGUGGUAUAUUUUUGCUCAAACUUUUCAACACCAACAAGGGCCAUUUUGUGUGGAACAUCCAUCCUUAAAAGUCCCAAUAACUAUCAAAAUAGCUGCCAAUCCCCAACGCAGAGCCUUCAAUACUCAAUCAAGGCAUGUUGCUUUCUUUUUUUAUGUGGGUAUUUUCAUAGCCUAUUUGUUCCUUGUAAAUAUGGAUCCAGAUCUAUGUUUACAUUGCUAAGUGAGCAAGUGCAUUUUUCCUUUUUCUCCAAAAUGGAUCAUUUUAAUAGUGUGACUUUCGUUUUUAUUGAAUGUAAAACACUGGUGGACAUAAUGAAUUAUGGGUGUGUACAUUUUAGUACAUAAAUUGUAUAUAUAAUAUAAAACCAAACAUAUUUUUACUGAG